AUGGGCAUGACGCGCAACAGUCAUACGAACGGUUCUCCCAAGACGGACAAGGAAUGGGCUUGCUUCAGUAACCCCGACGUCCCCCGUAAAGUAAGGGUCAAGGUGGCUACCGUCAUCAUGGUGUCUCCGCAGCGCGAUCAGGUCGAAGCCGACGCCGAUGCCCGCAAAUCUUUGGACAAGAUGGAAGAGGACGAGGAUGGCCGCAGCGGCGGACGCGGCGCGGAUGAUGAAGACAAGCCCUCAACAACGCUGGCCGAUACAGCCAAGGAGCCUGCCGCCCCCGCCAUUGACCGUGAAAAGACAUGUCCCCUUCUUUUGCGACUCUUCUGCCGUGAAGGAGGUCACAACCACACCAACGAUUACCGAGGCGAAAACACACCGCCGGGUGAACUCGACAUUUACACCUGGAUGGAUGCCACGCUCAAAGAACUUUCAGACCUGAUCAAGGAAUGCAACACCUCGGCGCGCCGCAAGGGUGCUCGACUUGCUUUCUCCUCGGUCUUCAAGGACACGCGUGGAAACCCUACGCUGCGUCACCUCGGUGAAAUCACAAACGGUGAAGAGACCGACGCAGGCAGCCGAUCGCUCAGUGACGUCAGGUU